ACGGCAGCAUAUUGCAGAUUUCCGCAUCACUUCGACCUAACACCAACACCAUUGACGAUUUCCCAGAUAUUUUCUUGCAUCAACUCAUUUACAAAAGGGCGGAGGAGUUCUCAUAUGAUUGGAUUUUUGCAUUUCCCUCCCAUUUAUCUCCUCCAUGUUUGCUGCGGCUAAACAUGGAUCUAUGGCUCGCUGUCGACCCAAAUAUCACGGCUCCCCUCCCAGGUUGCUCUCCAGGGUGUCUCGUCACUAUCUCCCACCCACAUCCUCGACUUCUGCCUCUCUGUACCACCCUCUCCUCAUUCCUUAUAUCUCUAGCAUGGCGAUUUCAGGAGUUUUCUGUUUUCCCACCCAUAUUUCCUGGCUCCCUUCUUACUAUUUUCGUCCAUACUACGAAUCCGUCCGUAGAAACCUCAGUUCCGUCUUCUCCACUCCGUAGAACGGCGAAUUGGGAGGAAAUGUUAAUGUUUGGACCUUUUUCUUUUCUCAUGAUCCGCGGCGCUCUCCUUUGGGCUGGAUCAUGUUAUUUUGGGUUUUUCCUCGGUUUGGCUGGGUAUUCAUUCAUAUUUUCCACGGGGACGCUGGAGGUGGAUGUGGCGGCGGAAAUAAAGGAGGAGAGAGAGAGAAGAGGCAUUGAAUGAGGAAACAAUAUGCGAAGCACAAGGCAAUCAAUCUCUGCUGUCUCGCUGCCGGACACGCAUCUCUACGAAAGGGAAAGAGUAGAAACAGAGCACAGUCGGCCAACGACUUGAUUCUCUAACCAAAAGAAUGCGCGCCG